CCCGCCCCCAGGUACGAGAGCUUCCAGCGGCAGUGCCCCGACGGCCGCAUCAGCCGCGCCGAGUUCGAGAAGAUCUACGGCACCUUCUUCCCCAACUCGGACCCGCAGGGCUACGCGCGCCACGUCUUCCGCAGCUUCGACACCAACGACGACGGGACCCUGGACUUCCGGGAGUACAUCAUCGCGCUGCACCUCACCUCCUCGGGCAAGACCCACCUCAAGCUCGAGUGGGCCUUCUCGCUCUUCGACGUGGACAGGAACGGCGAGGUCAGCAAGGCCGAGGUGCUGGAGAUCAUCACGGUGAGUUUGGG